UUUAAGGCUUGUAGCUCACAUCGUAGCAAAAACGUAGAUAUUGAGGUCUCCAAUCUUCUUUACGUUUAUUUUAUAAGCAUUUUAAGAAUAUUUUAUAUUCUUUAUAUUUUUUCUCCCUGAUAUGGAUAUUAGAGGCAUCAGUGUUGCUGCUGAGAUGUUGGUCUUUUGUUCUUCGUGCUGAUGGCGCACACUGCUUAUGGAGACGUGAGCUAUUCUUUUCCGGAGGAGAUGAAACGAGGAUCUGUGAUUGGAAAUAUAGCAAAGGAUCUCGGGCUCGAUGUGAACAGACUGUCAUCUCGUAAGGUUCGAAUUGAUACUGAAGGUAACAGAAAACGAUACUGUGAUAUUAAUCUGAAUACUGGAGAACUGACCGUAGCGGAGAGAAUCGACAGAGAGGGGCUUUGCAAUGAAAGAAUUUCCUGUGCUCUCGAUUUCGAAUUAGUUCUAGAGCACCCAUUGGCAAUGCAUCGUGUGAUUAUACAAAUAGAAGAUAUUAAUGACAACACGCCAGCAUUUCCUAAAGAUACAAUAAAGCUUGAGAUAAGUGAAUCAGCAGACAAAGGAUCUCGAUAUUUAUUAGAUGAGGCCCAUGAUGCCGACAUUGGUCGGAAUUCAGUGCAAUCAUACACACUUCAAAAUAAUGAACAUUUUAUUCUUAAUGUACAAAGGCGGAUGGGGAAGAAAAAUAAUGAGUUAGUGUUAGAAAAAGAGCUGGAUCGCGAGCAGCAGAAAGAGAUCUCAUUAAUAGUGACCGCGGUAGACGGCGGGACUCCACCGAGAUCAGGUACUGUAGUCAUACACGUCACUGUGCUGGAUGCUAAUGAUAAUGCUCCAGUCUUUAGUCAGGACGUCUAUAAAGUCAGUCUGCCUGAAAAUUCUCCUCUAGAUACUGUAGUGGUGACAGUGAGCGCUACUGAUGCUGACGAGGGACAAAACGGAGAAGUCACGUAUGCGUUUAGUCAUUUAUCCGAAAUUGUUCGGCAGCUAUUUUUUCUUGAUACGAUGUCUGGGGAAAUUAAACUAAAGGGAUUGAUGGAUUUUGAGGAGGAGAGUUCAAUCGAACUGUUGAUUCAAGCUAAAGAUGGUCAAGGGCUUGCCAGUCAUUGCACAGUAAUAAUAGAUGUUAUUGAUAUCAAUGAUAACGCCCCUACAAUAAUAAUAAAUUCCCUAAACACUCCAGUUCCCGAGAACGCGUUCCCCGGUACAGAGGUCGGCAUCAUUAAUGUUCAGGACAGAGACUCGGAGAAUAACGGACAGGUGCGCUGCUCCAUUCAGCAAAACGUUCCGUUUAAACUCGUUCCUUCGAUCAAGAAUUACUAUUCUCUGGUGACCACAGGUGAAUUAGACCGAGAGCUGCUCUCUGAUUAUAAUAUUACAAUUACUGCUACUGAUGAGGGCUCUCCGCCUUUAUCUUCCUCUAAGAAUAUUCACCUGACUGUAGCUGACGUGAAUGAUAAUCCACCUGUAUUUCAGGAGCAGAGUUACAGAGCUCACGUACAAGAAAAUAAUAAAGCGGGCUCCUCUAUUUGUUCAGUAUCAGCUACAGACCCGGACUGGAGACAGAAUGGCACUGUAGUUUAUUCUCUGUUGUCUUCUGAUGUUAACGGCGCGCCGGUGUCCUCCUUUCUGUCCGUUAACGGAGACACCGGGGUCGUUCACGCCGUGAGGUCGUUUGAUUACGAACAGAUGAAAAGUUUGAAAGUGCUGGUGUUAGCCAGAGACAACGGCUCUCCUCCUCUGAGCAGUAACGUGACCGUGAGCGUCUUCAUAACGGAUGAGAACGACAACUCUCCUCAGAUAUUAUACCCCUCUCCGGAAGGAAACUCCUUCAUGACCGAGAUGGUGCCCAAAGCUGCUCAGGCGCGCUCCUGUCUCAAGGUGAUCGCCGUGGACGCGGAUUCCGGUCAGAACGCGUGGCUCUCGUAUCACAUUAUUAAAGCCACAGAUCCGGGACUUUUCACUAUCGGUGUCCACAGCGGAGAGAUCAGGACGCAGCGGGACAUUUCUGAAUCUGACAGCAUGAAACAGAACCUGAUUGUGUCCGUGAGAGAUAACGGACAGCCCUCUCUCUCAGCCACGUGCUCGUUGUAUUUACUGAUAUCAGAUAACUUGGCUGAAGUCCCGGAACUGAAAGACAUGUCUCGAGACGAGAGCGGCUCCAAGCUGACGUUUUAUUUGAUCGUCGCGCUGGUGUCCGUUUCCACUUUUUUCCUGACCUUCCUCAUCAUCAUCCUCGCCGUGAGGUUUUGUCGCAGGAGAAAGCCCAGACUGUUGUUUGAUGGAGCUGUAGCCAUUCCCAGCGCGUAUCUUCCUCCAAAUUACGCAGAGGUGGAGGGCGCGGGAACUCUCCGCAGCGCGUACAAUUAUGACGCGUACCUGACCACGGGCUCGCGCACCAGUGACUUCAAGUUCAUCAGAUCUUAUAAUGAAGAAACACUGACCUCUGACCUGACUCUGAGAAAGACUCAGUCUGCUGUGGAUGAUCUUGAAGGACUUGAUGCGGAAGUUAACGACUCGUUUCAGGUAGGAGUAAAAAAAUCGCUUCUUGAAAUGCUGUUUGUGUUAACAGAUUAAAUGUUUUCAUGUACU